GUGAGAAAAUAAUUAAAAAUCUAACAAAAAUAAAAAAGAACAAAAACAAGAAAAAGGUGAAUAAAACUUAGAUAAAAAUAUUGUCAGACUUUGUAUUGAUUUAACUAAUAAAUGAAAUGAAAAACAACAAAAUAAGAAAAUUUUUUGAAAAAUUGCAUGAUUGUUCUUUGAGUGAGUAGAUAUGUGUGUUCCGUUUUGUGUUCUGUAGAUGUGUGUGUUGUUUGUAUGUUGUAUUGUAAAAAGAGUAGGCCCAUGAGUAAGAGAACAUCAUUUAGUUAUAAAUGCGUUGUUGGUUUUAGAAGAGUGACGUACAAUGUUGAGGCGGAAAAUUUUUAACGACUAUUAAAAACAAUUUUCUGAAACACUCUGAAAAACUAUUUUUUAAAAUUGUGCAAAAAGUGACUAAGUUUCAACAAGAUAAUUGAAAGCUAAUUUCAAGCACCGUCCUUCUUUUGCCACCACCGUAUGAAAGACUUAAUGUGAGAACGGGAGAAAGUUGGGAAAAAUAGUAAACAUUGGGAUGCCAAUGUGCAUUUUUUAGCCAAAAAAAAAAAAAUUAACUAAAUAUCGAAUAAGAAAUAACUAUAAAGUGAAAAUAGAGAAAAAGAAGUGUUUUAAUUUUUCCGACAAUAAAUUUUUUAUUAAAAAGUAAAUAAGUCUUACUAUUUAUACAUCAAAUGUAUAUUUAAAAUUGGAAAAAAACGUUAUUGUAAAACUCAUCUAACAAAUUUGUGUGCAAUUUAGAGUUCGUCACGAAACCACCAUAAAAAAUUUUAUAAAGGGAGACAAAGAAGAUGUUAUUUAAGUCAGAGAAUAUAAUGAAAAAGAGAGUUUGAUGUGAAAUUUGUGAGAGCAUCAAUAAAACGCCAGUCGGGCAUAAGCGAACGCACGGAUUCAGAGAUGCCAGGAUACUAUCGUAACUUAUGGACUACCAGAAUUUUAUUUCUUGCCUUAAAAACAUUAACUAUAAACAAAAGAAGAUCUUUAGAUAUUGCUAUGAAAUCUAAUGUAGUGCGAUAAAAAACUAUUAUUACAGUAUUUUUUCCUUUAUUUUUUUUCUUGUUUUUAACUAUUUAUGUUAUUUUGAGUUAAUCAAUGCUUCUUACAACGAAAGAACGCCACAGCAUUACCAUCGACCUAACUUAAACCACCUUUAAAGGAAGCACAGCAGUAUUUAAAAUUUAAAGACAACAUACUUAAAAAAAAAAAAACAUAUUUAAGAUUCCUUAAACAAAAUGAUGAACAUGGACAUUAGUGUAACACCAAAUUAUUCAUAUAUUUUUGAUUUCGAAAAUGAUUUCAUCCACCAACGCACACGCAAAUGGAUGGUCGAAAAUUGGACGUGGGUUUUCUAUUAUUGCGGCAUUUACAUGUUGGUGAUAUUUGGCGGUCAACAUUUUAUGCAAAAUCGUCCUAGAUUUCAAUUACGUGGUCCCCUUAUAAUAUGGAACACAAUGUUAUCUAUGUUUAGUAUUAUGGGUGCUUUUCGUACAGCUCCAGAACUUAUACACGUUCUGCGUCAUUAUGGCUUAUUUCAUUCCGUAUGUGUUCCAAGUUAUAUCGAACAAGACCGUGUUUGUGGAUUUUGGACUUGGCUAUUUGUACUGUCUAAAUUACCUGAACUUGGCGAUACUAUCUUUAUAGUUUUGCGUAAGCAACCGUUAAUCUUCCUACAUUGGUACCAUCACAUCACAGUACUAAUCUAUUCGUGGUUCUCCUAUACCGAGUAUACUUCGUCGGCUCGUUGGUUCAUUGUUAUGAAUUAUUUCGUGCAUUCAGUGAUGUAUUCAUAUUACGCUUUGAAAGCCGCACGCUAUAAUCCACCACGAUUUAUAGCCAUGCUUAUAACAUCACUACAAUUGACACAGAUGAUAGUGGGUUGCGCUAUUAACGUAUGGGCACAUGGCUUCCUGAAAACACAUGGUCCACAAUCGUGUAACAUUUCACAGACAAAUAUUAAUUUAUCGAUUGCCAUGUACUUUAGUUAUUUUGUGUUGUUCGCUCGAUUCUUUUAUAAAACCUAUUUGUCACCGGAUGGCAAUAAGAUCAGACGUAUGGCCGCUUCCCUGGCUGCACAAAAUACUGCCAAACUAUCAACGAACAGUAACGGUGAUGAUGGCAACAGAAACGUUAAUAAUAAAAAACUGGAUAUAAAUGCCGACCUAACAAUGGCCAGUCAUACGCACAAGGCCAAAGCACAGUAAAAUUACGGAGAAAAUUUCUGGGAUAAAAUUAAAUUGGGCGGGUCAACUAACUAAUGUAUAUGUACAUAUGUAUGUACUAAACGAAAAGGAAUCUCUAUCUAUUUGAAACAAAACAAAAAGAAACGAACGAAAAUCUAUAUUUUUCUGCUCAAAACUCUAUUCUCUUAAUCUAUUGUUUCUGAGAGGAACUUAAAAAAAAAAACAAAAAACCAAAAAAAACAAAAAAAAAAUAUAUAUAUUUUCUUGCUCUUUUCUCUAUCAAAUCAAAUGUAGGUAAACGACACUGAGUUCUAUAAAUCCAGUGAUGUAGGUUGCAUUGUUUGGGCUAGGGAAAUAACUUCACAUUUGCUGUAGCUGCACAAAAAAUUUUUGUUUCUCUUUUCGGUUCUUUUUUUUUCAAAACUAGUAAUAUUUAGUCGUCCAAGGGACAAUACAAGGACGAACAGUGUUAAAAUAUCAGGUGAAGAUCGGGGAAAACAUUAAUAAUAAUAAUAAUAAUAAUAAUAAAAGGAUUAUUGGGAAAAUAUUACGGUUUUAUACAUUUUUUUUUUUUAGAUCUUAAGGUUUGAAGGGAAAACACACAACCGUUAUUAAACAUUGUUUAUAAAAAAUGUGUGACUAUAAACCAAAUAAAACAAACUUAUGAAAUCUAU